AUGGGACCUGUUGCUUGCUGGCUCUUGGCGUCACAGAUCUUCCCAUUACGGCUAAGAGCGCAGGCUUCAGCGCUUGGGGCGGUUGGCCAUGUCCUUCCUCUCUGUGUCACGUGCCAUCACAGUAGGAGGAACCUUCCUCCUCGUGUCUGCGCUCCCGGUUAUCUUCGUGUACAUGCUAGUUCCAGAGACAAGUGGGAAGUCACUGGAGCAAAUUAA